AUGACUCACGCGGAGGCUGUUCUGUGGUUCAACGUGCUCCUGUUUCUUCACGUUGUUGCUCAGUUCAGGGAUAACGGACGGCAGCAGUGGCCCGUCCCGUACAGGCGGUUUGAUCGUCGCCCUGAUGUGGACUCCUACUGUGAAGCUCUCUACCCGUUCUGUCCCACCGGGGACCGGGAUGGAAGGAUUCCCUUCAUGAGAGACAGCGAUCUUAUCUCAGUUUAUCGACUGCAAACACCUGUGUGGGAAUUCAAGUACGGAGAUUUGCUGGGGGAAAUUCAUAUCAUGCAUGAUGCCAUUGGGUUCAGCAGUUCAGAUACGGGGGCAAACUACACCAUGGAGUGGUACGAGCUGUUUCAGCUUGGUAACUGCACCUUCCCUCACAUCAGGCCCGAGGCGUACGCGCCUUUCUGGUGCAACCAAGGAGCUGCCUGCUUCUUCAAAGGCAUCGAUGACUUACACUGGUCACAAAACGGCACCUUGGAGAAAAUAGGAGAACUCAAAGGGAGCGAGUUCAAUGACAUGGCUCAGUGGGUCCAGGACGACAAUGAGACUGGGAUCUACUAUGAGACGUGGACCGUUCGCUCAGACCCCAGCCCCAAUGCCACAGUGUGGUUUGAGUCUUACGACUGCUCCCAGUUUGUCCACCGCACGUACAGGAAACUGACUGAGCUCGGAGCCAAACUAUCCAGCAGAUCAAAAACCAACUACACCAAGAUCUACCUGUACAGCGGAGAGCCAACCUAUCUCGGCAACGACAGCGCUAUAUUCGGACAGCCCGCUCUGAAGAAUCUGGCACUGGACAUUCGUAAAUUUUACCACACAUUUAGACCACACCAGUCAUUUCUAGACUUUGCCUUAAGUCUGUUGGAGGCUUAUAAAAAGGUUGUGUUGGACAAGAGCUUCUACCUCUACUACAACUUUGAGUACUGGCGUCUGCCAAUGAAGCCUCCUUAUGUACAGAUUACGUAUGAAGAGGUGCCUUUGCCUUAACUUAAAACUUUUUAAGUGUUUUCAUUAAGGGCUGCAAAUCAUUUUUCAUUAAUGUGUUAAGAUUAAGAUUUUCAUUGCCAACGAUCACUACUGUUAUUGUUGUGCACAUGACCAAUAAAAAGCCUUGAAUCUUAGGAAACAAGUAGCCUAUGUUCACAUUUAAUAAUUUGAAACCAGCAAAUGUCUGCCAUUUAGGCUUGCUUAAUGACAAUGAAUCGAGUAUCAAGAAUUCUUGAGACAUGUUAAUGCUUUUUCUUCAUAAAACAUUUGCAAAACAAACUUUAAAAAAGUAUAUAUAUUAUAUAAUUAUUACAUAUAAAUUACAUAUAAUAUAUAUAUGUAUGUGUGUACGUGUGUACACAUCCAUUUGGUAGCUUGCAUUCUUCUUCUCCCCUGCCUUUGUUGGUGCAUUGAUGCAUUUGAACCUCAGUUUGGGCCAACAUGAACAAGAACUCGUUUUGAGUGCUCAGAAAAACAUGGACUUGAAUCCCAUGACAUCUGAUGAAGAUCAUGCGACAUGAUCAAAAGCUCCAAAACAGCCACUUAAUGGACCUUGAGAUUAUCUGUUUAGAACAAAAUAGUGCUUGCUACAUUUUCUGUCAAUCAUAUAAUUGAUUGAUUACUCGUGUGUCAUCAGGGAUGUAAUCAGGGUCUAUACAGAUGUCAGAUGUCUCAGAGUCGAAAAUCUGUACAAAGUUAUUCUUUAUGUAUGAAAUGGAAUGAGAGGCACUUUAUCAUCUGUGUUACAAGUAUUUUUUCUCAAAAGCCUCCCAACCCCUUGCAGGUGCUUAUGUACUACACAUUAAAUACACUACACAGGUUCUGGAAGACAUGGGAAUAUUUAGCCUAGACACAAAAGAGCUUUUUAAAAAAGUAUUUUGUGAAUUGUUUCAUACAGUAUACUAAAGAGUAUCUGCAACUAAAUGGGGAAAAAACUAUGUAGUAUGCCAUAAAUACCAUAAUCAUCCAAUAUCAUACACUGAGACCAUUUCAAAUCAAACUUUGAGCACAUUUCUUAGCAGACUCUGAGAUGUUUGAUCAAUAAAAGUAUGGCAAAGCGCAGGAAGUGAUUAGCACCAACAUGACAAGGAUUGUAUUCCAUUCAUUUUAAUUAUUUAGCUUAUUUAGACAGAUUUUAUGCAGUUUUUACACUUUCAUUUAAAAAAUAUAUAUUUCCUUUUACAGUUAAAUGUCUUCACUUGUUUACAAAUAUUUGUUUUUAUAAUUGCUCCAUUUCCUGAAGCUUACUUGUGCAUUUUAUUUAACUGAUUGCAAUGACUACAGUGUUUAAAAAAUAAAAAGACAGAUGCAAAGAGUACAUUCAUAAAUCUUUAUUACUGGUAUACGAUCACAUGUCCAAAACAAUUUUAAUUUAAAGACAGGUGACCAGUUAAGCAAAGUAGACAAAGUAUUUGCCAAACAUAAGCAAAACUAAAAAGACAACAUUGUCAACACCAGUGUACUCCAAAUAAAACUUAAUGGAGGACUCUGAACAAGUGAGGUUAAAACAAUUACUGACAUCUUAAUGAUGUAGUUUAUCUGUAUUUAGUUGGAACGUGUUACUCAACUGAAAUUCCCAAUGAAAGCCAACAGAAACAACAGGAAACUGGUAACAAAAGUCAACCAUCACUUUAAAGCUGCUGACACGGCAACCAUUUCAUGUAUUGCACAAAUCAUUAAAA